AUGGUAUCUGCCAUCUAUAUCUGCCAUUGGCCAGAUAUCGAUGCUGCUUACCUGUUGUGCGAGCUACUCGUUCACCGAAACUACCACAAUGAUAUUCCGGACGCUCACUGGCUGGUAGCCCGAUUUGCGAAACUAUUUCUUGAGCUUCCGAAAGAUAAACGGACACCAUUUCUAGAAGAUCUGGGUAUCACAUACACAACCUAUUGGGGCGCAGAUGAUAUCUUCCUAUUGUCUGUAUCUCGUAGCAAUGUCAAUGCCAUGCUGGCGGUGACGUUGUUGCAACAGAUGCAUCUGAUCAUGGAACAGUUUUUCUUGCAUCAACACAAACAACUUCGCGAAAGGGAAGCACGCGGCGAUAGGCCGCAAAAUAAUACAGAACCUGUGUUUACGCGCGAAGCCGUUCUAGAUAAUAACGCGCUUAUCUACGAGUUGUUGGACGAGUGUGUAGACUUUGGUGUCAUCCAGAUCACAGACUAUAAUAUACUAAAGGAGUACAUCAAGAUGGAGAUGAACGUGGGCGCUGGAGACAUUUCUGGUGGCGGAACUGAGAAUAUUGAGCUGUCCUCUGAUUCCGAUCUUGACACAGACUACAUGCGCCAAAGUCUACGAAGCAUGAAGAAGAAAAAGAACAGCCACUCCAAAAUGCAAUCGAUUAAGUCGACACACAAUAAGGCAGUGCGAGCCGAUGUAGAUAGUCAAGCUGUCGAGAAACUCGUGAAUAGCUCCAUUGUGCGGACCCAAGUCCUGCCUGUCAGUUGGCGUCUUAAAGGUAUUUUCUAUUCUAAAAACGAGAUCUACAUUGACAUCAUCGAGACGUGCAACUUCACCUAUGAUCUUGAAUCUGCAACAAUCAAGUCCAACGAAAUCCUGGGUGUUUGUAUGGUUCGUUCGUACUUGUCUGGAAUGCCUGUUGUUAAGCUUGGCCUCAACGAAGAACGACUCUCGCAGGUCGAGUAUGAUGGUGAUUCGCAGAGUGAUAGUGAUCAUGGCAACCAGCUUCAAGAAGAAGACAUUGACGAAGAGGAUGGCGAGGAUAUCGAGGCUGAAGUCCCUCUUAGUCAAGACUCUGAACAGGAGCCCGAACCAAAAUUAAAGAAAAAGCUCAAAGUCCCACUUACAAAUGUUCAAUUUCAUCUGUGCGUUGAGCUCGCAAAAAUUUACAAGAACAACCUCAUACGAUUUACACCACCGGAUGACCAGUUCCAACUCUUCUCUUUCCGUGUUGAACAACAGCGGCGCAAAGCAAAAGCGCCUCUCUUGUUGAUAGACCCAGUGUAUCGUAUUGUUGCCGAGCAAAAUCGUCUUCAAAUCAUGUGCACAAUCACAACUAACUUCAAGAAGAAACUUCAUUGCCGCAAAUUAAUGGUCCGCGUUCCCCUUCACCCAAGUCUUUUCCCACUUUCUAAUUCCGACAAGGACAGCUUCCGCUUCCGGGCCGAACUUGGAGAAGUUCGCUAUCGUGUUGAUACUUCAGAAGUGCUUUGGCUGAUUGUAGAUUUGCCGGGAUCUAAGAAGACCGUGAGGAUGAUGGCUGAGCUCCACCUUGGCGACACAAAGCACAGUACAAUGGCAAUAAGCAAAUACUUCAGAAGUGCAAGUGAGAGUGCAAAAAGAAGAACUGAUACGGAAAACGACGAAUUGGAUUUAUCUGAUCUUGGCAAUAUUCAUCGCAGUGAAUCCUCGAAGCCCGAUGAAACGAUCAAUGAAACUCUUCCUGAUCCACAAUUCACACCGGAAGCAACCAUAGAUUCAGAUGAUGAAGCGUUGGCAGAAUUGGACAAAUUGUAUCACGUCAAUGGAGCAUCUUCUUCGCUGUUUGCCCGUCUUCAGCGGCAGGUUGAUGGAAAUUCAUUCAGCGACAUCAUGGUCGAUUUCGAAAUUCCAAUGCUUACAUACUCGGGGCUUCGGGUGACAUAUAUCCGUGUGGAUGAGGAAUCGAUGAAAUAUACUUGUUUUCCCUGGGUUCGGUAUCUUACACAAGCCAAUUCGGAUCCAACCGGAACUACCAAUCUGGGGCGUUACCGGUUCCGUCUAGGUCCGUCUAAUUUCAAGACUACUUAA